AUGUACCACAGAAUCAUCUUUCUCCUUUUAAAGGCGUCACUGGCUCAUGCGCAGAGCUCUAGUGAUAGUGGUCAUUGGCCUACCGCUACAAUAGAUUCGGGUGUCAUCAUUGGCACAACCGCAGUAUUACCUCUGGAAACAGGCGUAGUUCACAAGUUCCUCGGCGUUCCCUUUGCCUCUCCACCUGAGCGCUUCCGCCCAUCAAGGCCGCCUCCACCAUGGGAAUCCCCAUACAAUGCUACCAUAAAGUACAAUCGCGCCUGUUACCAGAAUUACAUAUAUUCUGACGACACCCGAGAAAAUUUGAUGAAUCUGGUCACUGGAGGCGCUCCACCGCCUGAGGAAAGCGAAGAUUGUCUGACGCUUGAUGUCUAUGCUCCAGCGCCUGCGACAAACGAGACUAAGAAAGCUGUUCUCUUCUGGAUAUAUGGGGGAAGCUACCGGACUGGGUCCAAUUGUAAUCCCAAUUACGACGGAUCCAGCUUUGCCGCCAACCAAGACGUAAUCCUCGUCAGCCCGAACUAUAGACUAAAUGUGCACGGUUUUCCAGGUAACCCCGAGCUGAAGGCACCGGAUCAGAACUUAGGGCUUCUUGACCUUCGUCUGGCUCUCGAAUGGACUCGUCGCAAUAUCGCAGCGUUUGGUGGUGACGCCGACAAGAUCACAUUGAUCGGUCAAAGCGCAGGUGCCGCCAUUGUCGAUAUGUUCAUUUCCGCACCGCCAGACCCAUUGCCGUUUCGUGCAGCUAUCAUGGACUCUGGACAAGCGACGUACAAUGGUGCAGCUGCUAGUCCUGGAUGGGCAUGGAACUCCCUAGCCGAGGUCGUCAACUGCACGGGCAAUGCUAUUCAGGUGUAUAAAUGCAUGCGAGCGACGCCGGCGAAGACUCUCAAGAGAGCCUCUGAGAACCAUGUGAUUUGGUUCGGCCCACCAGUCCAGGACGGAGCCACCUGGAGCAAGUCACCUCGCCGGAAUCGACUUAACUCGACAGAAGAAAACCCGCUCAUGGCACGUGUUCCCAUAUUGAUAGGCAGCAAUCAUGACGAGGGCGCCAUCUAUACGACCGGCGUGACCAGCGCCACAGCAUUCCUACAAUCGCACUACGGGCUAAGCCAUGCCUCUGCGCAGGCUCUUUUAGCCUACUACCCAAUUGUACCGGGUGGAAAUAUCACAUCCGAAGAGGACCGCGCCACUGCGGUCAUGAGCGAGUCCUCUUUUACAUGCCCGUCCAGGUUCGUCUAUGAGGACUCCACCACCGCUGGCAUCCCGGCCUGGCGAUACUUCUUCGACGCCAGCUUCGCUAAUUCAGAGCUUGUUCCGGGGGCAUACCACGCGUCUGAAAUCCCACUUGUAUUCGGUACCUAUGAUAGGGACAACGUGACGACAUUUCAAAUCCAGGUUAGCGCAGCGAUGGAGAAGGCUUGGGCAGAUUUUGCCAAGAACCCCAGUGAGGGCCCAGGUUGGGACAUGGCUAAAGUCGCCGUAUUUGGAGGGGGUGCAACGCCGGGGCAGGGCGAUGACGGGCGGCCAGUAAUGGAGCCAACUGACGUGAACUGGAUGGAUGCGAGAUGCUUCUUGUAUGAGCCGUGA